AUAAAAACAUAUUUUAUCACACAACGAAGAUCCCUUCAAUCUCUCCAUUACUUGUGUUAUUAACUUAUAGUAAUCACUCUCUGUGUUUCUUGUUCCACCGAAACAAAAAAAAAACGCUUUGUCAUGAGCUCCGACAAUCCAGAAGACCGGUUCUGGCAAAACACGACUCAUUCUUACCAUGUCAACAGCAAGAUCUUACUCGUCACCAUCGUUUCCUUCUCUAUUGUUAUCCUCAUCGUCUUCGCUUUUCAUCUAUAUGCAAGAUUCGUUCUCAGCCGCCGUAGAUCCGCCUUCCAAGACCUCCCCUUCUCCAUCGUUUCUCAGCCGCCCAAACGUGGCCUCGACACUCUAAUCCUCGCUUCUCUCCCUACGUUCGUCGUUGAAGUCAACGGUGAUGUGGCGUCAACGGAAUGUGCGGUGUGUCUAAGCUUGAUGGAGGAGAAAGAGACGGCGAGGAUGUUACCGAACUGCAAGCACGUUUUCCACGUUACUUGCGUUGACACGUGGCUCACCACGCAAUCCACUUGUCCCGUUUGUCGAUCUGAAGUCGAGCCGAGUCCAAGGCUUGAGCCCGAGCCUAGGGAAGGGCCAGUUGGCGACGGUGCACCGCCGUUGGAUUUUGUGGCGGCGUCUUCGUCGGAGAAUAAAACUGGUGGAUCAUCGGUUAUGCGGUUAGAUUCGUUUCGGAGGAUUUUGACAAGGGAAAGAUCUUCGAACAGGAACGAUCAUUCUCGCGUUGACCAAGAUCGUGUAUUGGAUCUAGAAAGACAAUGAAUGGAUACAUAAUCAUUAAUCUUUAAUUCAAGUACAAAAUUACUCUUGUUCUUUUAAAAUUUUUGUUUAUUUACUCAAAUCUUUUGUAUAUGUAAAUAUAAUGGCACACUUUUGUAUGUUACUGUAAAUAUCGACAUUUGUACA